CAUUGAUUGCAAUCAGGUUGUAAUUCCAGAAGCAAGGUCCUUAAGGUGGAGCAGCGGUUUGUAGGGGCAACACGCCCAACACCCUUCAUCGGAACCUAGAGCACCAUGGGUUGGAACGCGGUGCCAUCACUUGUCAUUAUUACUGGCAUCUGGACUGUCGGUUUGUUUGCCUUGGACAAAGUACAGCUUUAUCGUGAGCAGAAGCCGGCUUGGGCGAUUAACAAGGACCUGUGGCAGAAGGCGCUCUAUCGGCGAGACUGGUACCUCCAACGUGAGGAGGAGACGUUAGCCAUGAGCAAAUAGAUGGAGGUUUAAAGUCCACGGGCUGUCGGACUUUUAUUCUGAUCAAGUUCUGGUCUGGCGUUGGCUUGUGCUUAGUUCUGACGCGGAUGGAGCAAAUUUUCUGGUGCGCUCGUCGGAGCGUACAUCUUACAAAUGAUUGGACAUACCGGUUCCGGGCUGCAGUACAGCCCUUCCUCUUGUAACAACUUUACGUUCCG